AUUCAUUUCUUCCAUUCUCUGCAACGCAUCAUCUCAUAUCUCACCUUUUUACUCAAUCCCCUCUUUAUCUCUUGCCCACUUUCUGUUUCCUUCUGAACUUCCUCUCCCUCUUCUUUGUAUCUGCAUAUCUUUAUCCCUAGCUUCUGGAGCAAGGAGGUCUAGAGCGAGGAGAUGGCCAUGGCGAGCUGCAACAGAGGCGAGGAGCAUUCAGCUUCCCAAGAAGAAGAGGCAACGGUUGGGAACAAAUAUGGAGGACUUGUGCCCCGAAAGAAGCCAUUGAUCUCAAAGGAUCACGAACGUGCAUUUUUCGAUUCAGCUGACUGGGCUUUAGGCAAGCAAGUAACGGGCUUCAACGAAAGGUCCAAAGCAGCAGUGGAGACGUUACGACCGAAAUUACAGCGGACGCCUCACCAACAACUGCCACCUCGGAGACCUGCUUGCACAACCUAUGGGGAUAACUUGACUGAGUAGAUGAUCUUGUUCGAACAAGAAAUUCCAAAUGCUGUGCUCAUGAGCGAUGAAAUGAUAUUUCAGUGAAUCUCCGCUUUUAAGUACUGAUUUCCAACGACAACGAGCUUCUAAGUAGUCCUGCAUGGUAGAAGAACCUUUUUAAAAUAAUGUAAGACCUUUUUCAAUAAGAAUAUUGCUGUCUACUGAGAAAUGAUCAAGCAAUAAAUUACAAAGUUCGUUACCUUGGAGAAAAA